AUGGAUGAUCUUGCAUCAGCGUCGGCUCCGGCGCCGGAUCUCGAGCGGCACCUGGAGGAGCUUCGGGGCCGCGCCGCCCGCCUCCACGCCGGCAACCGCGACCUCGCCGCGCGGCUCCACGGCGUGCAGGCCCGCGCCGCGCUGGUCCGCCUCACCAACGCCCGCCUGCGCGCCGAAGCCGAGGCCAGCGCCCUCGCCCGCCGCCUCGCCGCCGCUAGCCGCGCCCUCGCGCUGCGCCAGAUGUAUGCCGCGUCCGUGUCUGCGUCUGGAGACUGGAGCUGCGGUGCCGGCGGCUUCUUCGAGCUGCAGGCGCUCGCCUCGCUGAUCGCGUAG